AUGCCGAUCUCGACUCAUGGGUUGCUCGCGCAGUGGGUGCUUGUCACGUUCAACGCGCUGCUGAGUGCGUACUCCCUGGCGGUCGUUGUCGCCAUCACAUUGCGUCCGUGUUCAAGCUCCAGCAUUUCAACCGACCCUGGGGAGCACUUGGCCACGACAACCUGCACCAUCUCGUACCUGGAGCUGUUCCUGCUUGGAUUCCACUUGGCGUUCGCAGCGCUGGCACUCGCAGGCGGGGUCGUGGCGUACGUCGGCCACAUCGUCCUACUACACGUCACGCACGGGCUGCCUUUGGUGUUUGCAGCGAUCUACUUGGCUCUGGCUGUCUACGAGCUGGCGGUCGUGAGACCGGUGACGCUCAUGGGUCCACUGGAGCUGGUCGUCGCCAUACUGACCUUCGCUGUGGGGGUGCCCAGCGGCGCCGUCUACGAGCGCUGCGACCGUCGAGUGAUCCCCGACGCGUUCGACAGCGUCCUGCCCAGCAAUCCGUGGUCGGUGCCCGGACUCGAGCGGACGAUCAGGCGGUCGACAGCAGCAGGAGCAGCAACAACAACAGCUCGUUCGGCCUGGACGCGGUGA